AUGUCCAACGCACCUCUGCACAAGACCCGCGCAGUCGCGCUAAUCGUUUCAUGGUGCUUUGCCGUCAUCGCGUCGUCUGUCGGUCUCAAUGCUUUGAUCAAGUCGAAUCAGGAAAAGUCGAAGCUUAAGAGGCUCGCACCGUCGCCUACGCGUGUGGAGAUUGACACCGACGACAUCUCCGUCGCUGGAAUUGUCGCUACAACGGCUUCGCUCCUUAUCGCGGUACUCGCCUCGAAUUUCUUCUUCGCCAUGUACCUCUCCUUCACGAAGGCUUUCUCUGCCCGUACGCUGCGUCUGCAAGGUGCCAUCCUCUUCGUCGCCUCCUUCUUCCUCUUCGGCGCCCUCGUACCGUACCUGGUGUACUUCGUGAAUCGCCACGCCGAAGUGACCGCGUUCGUGGGCGAUACUCAGCUCCCCGACUCCGUUGUCAAGGCUGUGGAAUCGGCUUCGGGGUCUACUAGCAUAUACAAGGAUAUCUACUACCUCAAACUCGUCGCCAUUCUUCCGUGGUUCUCGUUGCUGUUCGCACUUAUCGCUGCCGGAAUUCUGUUCAAGGCGGGUUCAUCGACGCCGAAGGCGGAGGUUACGCCUGCCGCCGACAGCUCCUCAGCAUCAGAGAAGGAGGACGCCUCGCAUCACGAAAAAGUCAGCGUCUAA